AUGUCCCAGCUUCUCCACGUGGAGAUCCCAAACUUUGGCAGCGCCGUUCUGGACAGCCUAAACGAGCAGCGGCUUUUGGGCCAGCACUGUGAUGUGGCCAUAAUGGUAAACGGCCAAGCUUUCAAAGCCCACCGCGCCGUAUUGGCCGCUAGCAGCCUGUACUUUCGCGACCUGUUUAGCGAGAGCCCGCAGACCCUCUUCGAACUUCCCUCUUCCGUGGCUCCAUCUUGCUUCCAGCAGAUCCUGUCCUUCUGUUACACUGGCCGGAUGACUGUUUCGGCUAGUGACCAGUUGAUGGUGAUGUACACGGCCGGAUACCUUCAGAUCCAGAACAUCGUGGAACGAGGUAUGGAUCUCAUGUUCAAAGCUAGUGCCCCCUACUGUGACUCCCAGACCUCUGCAGCUGACGAUUCGCCGAGCCACAACGAAAAUGACAAUGGCUCUGGCCUGUUGCUGAGAGACCAGACCAGGGCGUCCUGUACCAUCAAGGAGGAGACACUGGAGACCCCCGUGUGCGAACUCAAACAAGUGGAAGAAGACGCUCGCGGUCUCAGGGGGCGGCUGGCUCGAAGCAGCACGCUGUUCUACACAGGUGGGGGCGGAAAUGGUGCCUUACCUGCCACCCAUUCGUACGAACAACUCUCCAGGGACCACCCAAGUCCUGGGGCGUCCAGCCUCCCCACCACAGACAGCCCAACGUCUCACCAAAAUGAGGAGGAGGACUUUGAGGAAGAUUCUUAUGAGAGCAUCACAAAUGGAAAACUCUAUGGAGGCUCAAGUUCCCUCUACAACAUGCAAGAGAAGAUGGAGGUUUCCUCUCUGCCUGUGUCCUUGGAGAGCCGGUACUGCGUGCUUUUAGGGGGGGACAGGGAAGCUCUCCCGGCGGGGCUUAUCAGUCAGAUUGGCUAUCGCUGUCAUCCUGCGCUAUAUACUGAAGGAGAUCCAGGAGAGAGACUCGAACUAAUUGCAGGCUCCGGUGUAUUCAUGACUCGAGGCCAGUUGAUGAACUGUCACCUGUGUGCUGGCGUCAAACACAAAGUGCUUUUGCGUCGCCUACUCGCGGCAUUUUUUGACAGGAACACACUGGCGGACAGCUGUGGGACUGGCAUACGUUCUUCUAAUUGUGAUCCCAACCGAAAACCCCUGGACAGUCGCAUAUUGAACACUGUCAAACUUUACUGUCAGAACUUCGCUCCAAACUUUAAGGAGAGUGAAAUGAAUGUGAUAGCGGCCGACAUGUGCACCAACGCUCGGCGAGUGCGCAAACGAUGGCUCCCGAAAAUCAAGUCGAUGCUUCCCGAAGGGGUGGAAGCAUUCAGAAGCGCCAUCAUCCUCAGCCAAUCGGACGGAGGCUCCCAGCCUAGCUCCGCCUUGCCCUUCGAAGCCGAAUUCAAACACAUCGCCGCCUCGAACCUCGGACUGGAGCAGCACUUGUACUCCGAGACCCUGAGAACUGGCACGCACGUUACGGGCGAAGAACGGGUUACCAUGGAGACGUCCAGAAGCGACCGCGGCGGAGACGACUGCGAGGAGAGGUCGGAGAGGGCAGCAGGGGUGGUGACCCUCAACCCCAGCGGGAAAAGAGCAGACGAAGGUUCCACCGGCAGCCCGAAAACACAACACGAGGAACAAGUAAAUGAGAGACCAGCGCUGGAUGACUAG